CACCCGUCUCGGGCAACUCCGCCUCUCCCUCUGGGUCGUCCCCCGCCUCGCGGAGUGAUCGAUGGGUCCGUAGGCAGCCGGUCCUCGGCGCUCGACUCACCACGCCUGCGACGCUGCCAUGGAGACGUAGCCGCGGCCUCCUGGACCCGCCCCGGACCUGGAGCACCUGCGUCACCCGGCCCACGCGUGUCCACGAACGCUGGUCGGGAAGGCUACUCUGCUGGAACGUCUGGACAGGGCUGGGCAAGCUAUACUUUUGCCAGAAACAGGGGCGAGGAGCGUGGACUUGCAUCCUCCCUCCUACCAGGAAUUCUGCUCCGUAUUUGAGGGACGCUUCUCUCACCAGCGGAGACCCUGGUAUCACUAAGCAUCCGUGGGUUAAGGGACCUGCGAUUGCCCACACGCCUCACCCUUCCACCCAGCUCAGCCGGCCGCAUCCGUGAGUAGCUUCACUGAACUCUACCCCAUCCAGGCUGCUGCUGAUGGUGAAGCCCGUGUUGGGCCUGCUCCCGAUGCCCGACAGCUUCUUCCCUUUGCAAUGUCACCCAUGUUAAGAGUGGAAGAGUAGCUAGAAGAAAAGGACUUGAACCAGCACUAAGUCCAGAUCCCAACUGCGUUGUGAGUAGUGUGGACUGGUGAGCACCUUCUGUAGACUGUACAAUGCCCGUUCUCUCAGGAUCCUGGAUAUGUCUUUCUGAGUUCAGAAGUGUUGCAGAGGCAGUGGAGGCUCUGCCAAGUCUAUAGAACUCUAUUGUGCAGAGUUUGGACCACAACGCCAAUCUGACCCACUUUCUGUCUGGAAUGACUCUCACAUGGCUUUUGAACUGGGUCAGUGGUGUCUUGGCUUCCCCUGCCCUCCUGAGAUCUUGCCCAUGGAAGGUCUGAGUAGCCUACAUCCAUGACUAAGGUGAACAAGGACUCCUUAACCCAACAGCCAUCAAGGCUCUUGGCCAACUAGUUAACAGAGCAAAGCAGCCAGCUGUUCCUGACCUAGGAGGAAAACCAGGUGUACAAGAGCCUGGGACUGGGGGAUGAGUGGCCGGGUCCCGCUGGCAGAGAAGGCCCUGUCAGAACGCUUUGCCCGCCUCCGGUACAGGGACACUUCCUUGCUCAUUUGGCAACAGCAGCAGCAGAAGUUGGAGUCUGUACCACCCAGUACAUACCUGAGCAGGAGUCGUAGCAUGUGGUACUCCCAGUAUGGAAAUGAAGCCAUCUUAGUUCGAGACAAAAACCAGCUUGGGGUCUCUAGGGACACCGGCCAGUCUAAGUUUUGCUCAGUCAUGUAAUCUCAGGGAGAUGACCCUUGACAGAUGUGAAGAGCAAGCUGUGGUAUAAAAACUCAACACCCAAGGAUAUCACCCAGCCCUUUAUCAAUCAACAGCUGGUACCUAGAUGUGCCCCUCACUGCCCAGGCCUUGGCGCUCACAAUGCUUGUUCCAAACAAAAGGGAAACCAGGGAGACGUCCCCAGCUCCUAUGAGCUGCUUGCCUUAUACAAAAUGGGUCAGGUCCUGGGUAAAGAGAGGACUCUCUUCUUGGAGGGUCCCAGAUCUCUGUUCACCACAGUGACAUGUGGAAAGGGGCCCGGGCUGUAGUGGCACUCCAAAGCCAAGAGUUUAGUGAUGGGGCUGGAGAGAUGGCUCAGAGGUUGGGAGCGUUGCCUGCUCUUCCGAGGGCCCCCGAGUUCAAUUCCCGGCAGCCACAU